AUGUCCAAACCAAGCAAGUAUCCCCCUCAAAGAAGAAAUGCCUUCCGCAACAAAACGAACCCACACAUUUCCUACGGUCUCGUCAACCUGUCCAACAUCAUGGAUCGAGUCUACCCUUCGGACCACCCCGUGCCACGAAGCAUGACCUCCCCCACCGCCUCAAUCAUCUGCUGGUCCUCCCAACCCGAGGCUCCCGUCCCAUCUCUCCCCUCCGUUGAGUCCAUUCUCUCCAGCAUCUCCAGCGCCUCCAGCCUCUCCAUCCCCGAUGACGCCUCGGACUCCAACGAUUCCUUCCACGUCGACGUCUCAGACCUUGACUCCGACGAAGAGGAUAACCUAACCAUGGUCCCGCGCCGCCCUGGCUCCCCCUCCGACAGCGCCCAGGACCUCCACGACUGGCUGGAAUGGAUGUCAGACACCUACCGCUGCCCCUCCUGCGACCGUCUCUACGACGAUUGCGAGCAGGUUCGAAAGGCUGAUGAGGAGAGGGCGCGGAGGCAUCGGGAGAGGAAUGGCCAUGAACAGAGCCAGAUUAAUAGGGUUAUUUAUGGGAGGAAAGUGCGCCUGCAUCUGCUCCGAACCACCGACAACCAUACUUCGAACUCGGACGUUUCUGCCAUUCUCACUCUUUCUGAACUAUCGACAUUCAGACCUUUCGACAACAUCUCCUCUUUCUUUAUGUCUUCUUUUCAGAUGCCCGUGUGUGCUGACGCCUUCAACAUGGAGCCCUUCAUCAACAAGCAAAACUCGCACCACAAACCUUCUCUCGACCGAAGACCCUUGCCAACCUACGAGGAGGUAAUGCAGAUGACCCGCGUAAAAAAAGAGACCCUCAACACACCACUGAGCAAGUUUGCCCCGACGGGCAUUCACGUUGGUGCGAUUAUCCUUGGCCCAGAUCGCUGGCGGGAGAUCGGGCAGUGGGUCGAAUCCAUGCAAAUGCCGUCCGAGAUUGAACUCGACGACCAGGUCCACAACAAACCCGCAGACGAAUCCGUCGUUUUCGAAAACGUUCGCCUCGACGUGGAGAUCGUGCCCGAGGACUCGGCUACGAAGUGGCAUGGGGAUGAUGAUCGUGAGCUGGAAAAGUGGGAUGUGCCCUCCUACGUGAAACCAACCCCCGAAAGAAACAAGAGAACCGGGGUGUACAACCUCAUCGAGUUGAAUUUGUGGAGGCUCGAAAAAAGCCCCUCACACAAUCCAGCAAUCCUCCUAAACCGGGCCACUCAACACGACAUCGCCCUCUUUAACACCUUUCACUUCGAACCCCACCGUCACCGCCGCCGCUACUGCCGCCGCUGCGCGCGAAGAACAUACACCCAACGGAACGUCGCUGGCCUUGAGGAGGGUUGUGCCGGUUGGAUCAUUGACUCUGUGACUCAAGAGGAUGAAGAAGAGGUGCCCGGCUGGAGCAUUGAGCCCGUGACUCAAGAGGAUAAAAUUCAAGAGGAUGAAUUGGGAGACUAAUUUGAC